CGCAUGUACGUCUGAUGUUUUUGAUACAUGCACAUCUUGUAAUGCCUAUAGUCAGUUAACUGUUUAUGAACAUGGAAGUAAAGGUCGCGUUUCUGCUUGUAUUUUUCAAGAGCGUCGUUUUAGUUGUAGAAUCUAGGCAUUUAUCUAGAUCUGAACAGAUUCAACCGAGGCCUAGUGGUUCAUGGACUCAGUUAUCAUCUUCUAGAUCACUUCCAGACAUUCACCGACAAGAAGUCGUAAGGUCUACCCUUCAAUUAAAUCCAACCAUUCUCAAUAGCAGAGGGCAAUUACGACCUGGACAAUUGGAGUACUCACACAAUUUGCAUGUACAAAGAGGAAGUCGCCAGGAUGGAAGCCGCCGGCUAAGAGUAUUAAGAACUCCAAGGAGGCAAUAUUUACCGGCGACAGUGAUCCAGGGAGAUCAAAUAUUGCGAAGGUCAAGGAUACUGUCAGGAACUCGACAGUUUCCAACACUUACAAGCCAGCGACUGGGAACACUUUCCAACGGACGUAGGAGAACACUUUCAAGCCGACAUACUGGACUACUUUUAAGCCAGCCAACAGGAAUUCUUUCACGCCGACGCACUGGAACACUUGCAAGCCAACGAACGGGAAUACUUUCAAAUCGACGCGCGGGAGCACUUUCAAGCCGACGCACGGGAAUACUUUCAAACCGGCGCAUAGGAACAGAUUCAAACCGAGGCACGGAAUAUAGAUCACGAACAAGAGGUUAUAUAGCUCUACUGAGAUCACCCUAUGGUACGAGGCUUAUUCAAAACGGGAGAUUUAGACCGAGUCUAAGAUCAAGAUCAAAUCAAAGGUUACAAAUCUCACAUAAUACUCCAGGAAGCAACAAUCACCAGACGCUAAGACUAACACAAAUGCCACGUUUCGGGACGAUUACAGUUAGGUCCAACUCGGAUGAUGAUGAUGAUUCAAGAAUUGAUAAUAGGUAUAAUAUAGUAAAUACAGUGAAUACUGACAAUCGUCCAGUGCAUUUUAACAUUGAGCAAAACUCCGAGGGCACAUCUGUACAGUUUGGUACUCCACACAGAUCCGAAUUACCAAGAAGAAAUCGAAAUACUGUAACUGGGCCAUCUCAGAAAUUUUUAUCACACGAGUUAAAAAAACUCAACUUAGUUAAUAAACAAAAAGGCGCGUAUCCAGGGGCGGUGUUUCCCGAGAAUUCUUUCAUAUAUCAAGAACAACCUGAUUCAAAUUCAGAGUCUCCGAUAAAGCAAGAAGUGAAUCAUGAAUUAGGCGAAGGAAACACACUUUUAGCAGCUAAAACACUUUUAGCUAAAGAGUUGGGACAAAACACAGAUAUCGUUUCUUUAAUCCAAAGCUUAGUAAAAAUUGUUGAUCCCAUUCGUCUACAAGAGUCUAUUGUCCCCAAAGACCAAGUAAUUUUAGCCGACACUGCAGUUGAUUCAAAUGUACAAAUAAACUCCGAUGUCUCUGAAAACACUGUGAAAUCUGCUGAAACCAUCAAUGUUGUAGAUCCUGUAUCAUCAGUAGAUACCUUAGUUCAAGAUUACUCUGCUGUUCCACUAGACACAUUAAACCCAGCUGAUUCAAUUAUUAACUUAGAUCCAUUAUUACCGGUAGAUUCAAUUGUUCUAGUUGACCUUGUAAAACAAGCUGAAACCAGUCUUGUCACGGAUUCUGUCCUAUCAUUAGAUUCUACUGUUGACACUGCAAAAACAGCUGAAACCAGUAUUGUUGUGGAUCCUAAUAUACCAGUAGACUCCAUAGUUCAAGUCGACACUGCAGUCCCGGUGGACAUUGUCAAACCAGAUGAAACCAGUAUUGUUGUGGAUCCUGUUGUUAUUGUAGAUUCCACUGUUCAAAUUGACACUGCCUUUCCAGUAGAUAUUGAGAAACCAGCUGAAACCAGUAUUGUUGUAGAUCCAGUAGUAUCAGUAGACUCAAUCAUUCCAGCAGACACUGCAGUCCCAGUAGACAUUGUUAAACCAGUUGAAACCAGUUAUGUUGUAGAUCCAGUAGUAUCAGUAGACUCAAUCAUUCCAGCAGACACUGUUGUCCCAGUAGACAUUGUAAAACCAGCUGAAACCAGUAAUGAUGUAGAUCCAGUAGUACCAGUAGACUCGAUCAUUCCAGCAGACACUGUUGUCCCAGUAGACAUUGUAAAACCAGCUGAAACCAGUAUUAUUGUAGAUUCUGCUACACCAGUAGACUCCACUGUUCAAGUUGAAACUUCAGUCCCAUUAGACAUUGUUAAACCAGCUGAAACCAGUUUUAUUGUAGAUCCUGCUACACCAGUAGACUCCACUGUUCAAGUUGAAACUUCAGUCCCAUUAGACAUUGUUAAACCAGCUGAAACCAGUAUAAUUGAUUCUGCAUUACCAGUAGACUCGAUUACUCCAGUAGAACCAGUAUAUACAAUAGAAACUAAUCCAGCUGUUAAUCCUAUAAAUUCAGGAGAGUCUACUAUAUCGGUGCAUCCUAUUGAUACAGUAAUUCUUGCAGAUCCAGUUUCAACAGUCGACCAAGUGGCUUCAGUAGAUAAUAACAACACUCAAAAUGAUCUCUUAAUUCCGGCUGACCCAGUGGGGCCUUUAAUUCAAUAGAUCUUAUACAAUGUAACAAAGAUGGCACAAAUUUUAAAUAAAUUUCAACAUUAGAAAAAGUUGUGAUGAAAAUGAGUUAAAUGACCUUUUUUUCUUUUUUUUAAGAUUGAAUUGAAAACAAUCCAUUGACAAAUUUGGUAAAUAUACCAUGUGAUACAUGGUUACUACAAGUAUAGGGAAGUGGAGUUGUGUUUGAUAAGCUUAAAAAUACUUUUGAAGAUGGCCAUUUGAAUUGUGCAAAUUUAUAGUAUAUGCAUUUAUUGCUUACUUUUGCACUUUCAUAAGCAUACUUCAUCCACCCUUUCAGGUUUAAAUCAUUUAGUUAGUCCAUUUAAACCAUUUCGAUAAGUGAAAAAAAAAUGUGAGGUUACUUUUUUGUGUGACCAAUGUAUGCUAUUUGGAAUAUGCAUACUUUAUUUAUUUUUAUUUAUUUAUUA